AUGGAUCAGAUUUUCGAAAACAAUGUUCUGUGCAUUGACUGGAGAGUUGAAAUGGGUAUACAUUUAAAACAAAAGACAACUUCUAUGGGCAAGAUAUCUAAUUUUAGUCAAAAUAAGACUACAAAGAUAAAUUUACAAGAAUUAGCCUUUAUGCUAGCUUUAAAAGGUAGUAAAACAGGAAGUCUCGGGACACUACAUAUGGAUCAACUAAGCAUUGAUUCAAAUUAUGAUGUUAAAAUUUAUAAAGAAAUAUUUUUAAGGUCAAGCAUUUUUUUCCAGAUUAAGCAGUUGACCCUCUUACAUUCAAAAAGAGAACUUGCGAUAUGCAAAAGCCACCAUGCGUAUAAAUUAGAACAAGUGACCUACAUUCAAUUGCGAAAUUUAAUUGGUAUGAUGUCGAAAUCGGCUAGUGAUGAAGAGAUUGAUAACUGCACCAAAUUAAGAGCGGAGUCUCGUGACGCCACACUUACUCUUUCUCCUAUAGGAAGACAAAUGAUAAUCAAAAGUGGAAGAGGAAUCUUAAGAUUUUCACACAAGUGUUCCCAUUAUUUAGUGGUUCCUAAUACUUUUCUCAAGCUUUUAAACCAGUGA